AUGUCCGACUACGACCAGCACAACCCGGACGCCACCCAUUGGGGGGCCGCGCCACCCCUCUCCCCCCCAGGGGGCAUGGGAGCUCCGAGCAGCUCCGCCUCCAGCUCUGGUCCGUCCACCCCCACCGAGGGCGUGUGGAGUGCGCAGGAGACGGGCCGUGGCGAGGUCCUGAUGUACCCCUCCGUGACCUCUGUGCACGUCGAGUACAUGGACGUGGUGGACGCGAAGCGCUACCUCAAGGAGAGUGUGCGCGCCGGCCUCCGCCGCUUCCGCCACGGGUCUGACGGAUUCGAGGUGCAGCACUACGCGCUCGAGGACGACGGCUUUGUGGAGGUGCUCGUCGACGCCCCCUACUUCAGCGAGGGCGAGGAAGUCACCCCCGCGUUCCGCGAGGCCUUCAAGCUCCUCACCGGCUGGCAGUACGUCCAGGUCCCUCGCUUCUCGUACACCUCGACCGAGUAUCUCCUGGCGGGCGCCGAAAAGUGGGUCCUGAUCACCCCGUCGACGAACCAGGUGUUUGCGCUCGGCGCGUUCAUGGAGAAGAUGACCGACGGCAUGGUGGACGCGCUCGACUCGUGGGCGGACAACGCGCGCGUCCACGCACUCCCGACCGACAUUAUCGAGCAGCACGCCACUGGGCUGAUUAGCGGACACCACCUGGCCGCUGCGGACGCUCCGUUCACAUUCCCAGUGGAGGGGAGCGACCUCACGCUCGACGACGACGAGUGUACCGCCGUCCACAUGGUCCUGCAGGUGGCCAAGGUGGUGCUGUACCUCGCUGCGCCGUACGGCAUCGUCACGAACGGAACGCGCCACUUUGCGAUCGCUGGCCUUAUGCCGUACCGUAACGUGAGCAUCUCUCGCUCCUGGGGUCACUGGGUGGACGGGCAGCGCCUCCCCCACCUCGCGGGCCUGACUCCCGACACCAUCUUUGAUGCCCUCGCCAAGCUCCUCUGCUCGCACGCAUACCCGCCUCCUCCGGGCGCGGCGGCGCCUCAGGCCCCGGCCACACCACCCCGCCCGACUGUGGCCUCGAAGAUGCCGCGUAGCCAUCUCCCCCCAACGCCAGGCUCGAGCUUCGAAGUUGACAACCUAGUAUAA